AUGUCAGCUCCUUGGUAUAUUAUGGACAGCGUUGGGGCGUAUACGAUUAUAGAUAUUGAGGGGGUUCGUCGCUUACAAGAUGUUUUGACGAACAUCCACGCUUGGGGACGAGGUGAGCGAAUGAAAGUCCUUGCUGCAUCUUUAAAGGCGAGAGAAGUUGGAUUCGAACACUACGCGUUCUCUCAUAUGUCUAACCAAACGCCUAAGCCCGCUCUCUCUCACGGCACCAGUGCCGAUGUUAACAACGCCGAUGCUAACAACCCCGCCGACGACGCUGCCGGCGUUAACGCCCUUUUUGACAAUGAUCGUUAA